AUGACUUGGGGACAAUGGUGGCCGCAUGACCCUGUGGCAAAAACUGAAAACCUGGACCCAUACCUAGUCAAAGUAGAAAAGAAAAAGGUAUAUUGGUACUGCGCUUGCGGGACAAGUAAAAAUCAACCAUGGUGUGACGGAACACACAAAGGGAGCGGAAGAAAGCCUAUCAUGUAUAUCCCACAGACAAGUGGAUACAGACUUCUAAGUGGUUGUAGACAAAGUACACAUCUCCCACAUUACGACUUUUCAGAUUUAUGGGUUCGUGCAAAUAAAAAUGUUCCCAAGGCAGCCCUCUUUACGUAUGUAGCACUUUUUUCAUUUGGAAUUAUGACAACUUGGUUGUUUCACCCAUAG